AUGUUCUUGAUGGACAUGGCGGACCGCCGAGAGUUCGCCACCGAGAGGACGAGGGGAGAUCGGACGGAGAUCGCGGAGACGACGGACUUUGUGCUCACGACCUCACCUCUCUCCUCACCUCUACCGCCCAAUGACAUGGACGUGUUGAUGCGUCCAGAUACGAAAGAAGUCUACUUGUGGCCUAGAGCAAACACCGACAAAAUGCCCAACGCCGGAGGCCUUACAGACCGCGAAGCAGCCAUCGACGCAGUAAUCCGCUUCGUCUGCGCUCUGGACGAAGGCAGCCACGAGCUCUCCGCCUCAUCAAUGACCGAGGACAUGGUCCUGGACAUGACGCCCUUCCAAAAGCUCGGCUGGGACGCCAAAUCCACCCACGGCCGAACAGAAGUCGUCAACCUCCUGAUGGACCGUGUGGGAACAGCCCUAGACACCACUCACAGCGCGACCAACAUCCGAUGCACUGUCAGCGGAGAUUCUGCUGAGCUUACGAGCAGUGUGCUGGCGCAGCACUUUCGCAAGGGGGAGGGAUCGAGUCCGGAGUUUCAGGAUUAUUACCUGUUUGGCAAUUUUUACAAGGCGGAAAUCGUGCGCGAAGGAGAGUUGUGGAGGAUCAAGAAGCUUUCGAUUGCGCCAGGGUGGACGCAGGGGAAUCCGGAGGUGAUGAAGGUCGGUUGA